AUGCCGUUUGCUCAAGAGUCUCUAGAAUUCCUCGGUGCGAACGUGCUGGAUGAGCAGCUGUUCAUUGUGACGCCGUACCUGAAGAAUGGGAAUGCUCGUGCUUAUAUUGCAUCUAAUCCAGGCUGUGACCGCAUUCUCAUGACUCAACAAAUUAUCCUUGGCCUCGGUUACCUCCACUCGGUCAAGGUCGUACACGGGGAUCUGAAAGCUGUCAACGUUCUCAUCGACGAUGCCAGCAACGCCGUUUUGUGCGACUUCGGCCUAGCCCGUAUCAAGGCAGAUGCUGACAGUCAGACGAACGCGAUGAGUUUGCCCUCAGUUGCUGGCAGUCGGAACUGGAUGGCUCCUGAACGACUACGAGGCGAAAGCCCCAGAGCGCCAUCGGAUGUGUACGCAUUUGGCCUGACCAUGUAUGAGGUAUGUUCUCUUCGUCUACUAUCGAAGCUCGACCUUAAAUUUUAUGCUCAGAUCUACACCGGGGAGAUCCCUUUGAGCGAGGUCGCUGCACAGGACUUUCUUCUGCUCGUGGGCGACCAGAACGUACGGCCGAAGCGUCCGACAAAGGAGGAAGCGUCACAGCUGACGGAUAGUAUCUGGAAGUUAGCGGAUAUGUGCUGGCAGGGACAAGCGAGCAAGAGGCCUGACGCUACCUACAUUGGCAGAGUCUUGGAAGGUAUCAAGCAAACUCUGGUCUGUGUCUUUCUUUUUAUAUUCGCCUAG